AUGGUACGUCGUUUUCAUUCACCAUCGAAUGGUAAUGUUCUCUUCUGGGAUAGUUUCGAUAUGGGUCCUGUUCAUAUUGUUUAUUAUUCCACAGAACAUGAUUUUCUUCCUUCAUCAACACAACAUACUUGGCUUGAACAUGAUCUGAGUUCUAUAAAUCGUACUUUUACACCAUGGUUAAUUGUUGGAUCACAACGGCCAAUGUACUCUUCGAUCGUACGCGUUGUUGGGGAUCCCAUAAAAGGCAUGUUACGAAAGUCUCUUGAGCUCAUGUUUUAUCAAUAUCACGUUGAUAUUAAUCUUUUUGCAUAUAUACAUUCUUACGAACGAUCAUGUCCUAUGUAUCAAGAACAAUGUGUUGAUGAUGAAAUUACACAUGCAUUAAUCGGAAUGGCUGGACACAAUUUAGAUUUUGAUACAUACACAGAAGCUAAAUGGAGUUUAUAUCACGAUCAACAAUUUGGUUAUACUCAAAUUUCAGAUAACCGAACACAUUUGCACUACUCCAACCAUAGAAAUGUAGACGAUGCCGUAGUUGAUCAUUUUGACUUGACAAAAUGA